AUGCACAAAAACAGGGGGAAAAAGGAGCUGCGGUUCCAACCCCGCGGAGGAGCCCAGAGCCCCCCGGCGCUGCGGAGCCGCCGGGACGGCAACGCCAAACGCCGGCGCCUCUCCAGGGUCACCGAAAAGCAACGCGACUCCUCCAAAAACAGGCGGCCGAAAACUCCCAGGAGGAAUUCCAGGAAGGGAAACACUCCCUGCAAAAGCAGCCCGCCUCGGAAUUCCUUCAGCCUCAUGGGCAAUUUCCCCUGCACGCCCUCGCUGGUGGUGGGCGAGGACGGGGAUUUGUGCCCGGCUUCGUCGCUGGGAGGGAAAAACUCGUGGGCGCUGUCCAAGACUCACCCGCUGUGGCGAUGGCACCUGGGGGGCAGCGCCAUCCCCGUGCCCCCCAGCCUCAAAUUCCGCCUGGAGGGGCCCUGAGGAGCGCGGCAGAGACCGGGGACAGUUCCAGGAUGGCGGCAGAGCGGGAGGUGCCGGGGGGGACCGGGCAUGGGGAGCGGGGUCCCCUCCCAGCCCC